CCUAGCUCGGCGCUCCCCGGUGCUCGCCCGGCGCCCACUCAUUCGCAGCCCAGCCAGCGCCGCGGCCGCCUCCCUGCUCCUCUUUUCCUCCUCCUUUCCCUAGCCCGCCGCGGCCAUGGCGGACAGCGCCAGCGAGAGCGACACGGACGGGGCGGGGGGCCACAGCAGCUCGGCCGCCAUGCAGUCGUCCUGCUCGUCGACCUCGGGCGGCGGCGGCGGCGGAGGAGGUGGCGGCGGUGGGAAGUCCGGGGGCAUUGUCAUCUCGCCGUUCCGCCUGGAGGAGCUCACCAACCGCCUGGCCUCGCUGCAGCAGGAGAACAAGGUUCUGAAGAUCGAGCUGGAGACGUACAAACUCAAGUGCAAGGCGCUGCAGGAAGAGAACCGCGACCUGCGCAAAGCUAGCGUGACCAUCCAAGCCAGGGCUGAGCAAGAAGAAGAAUUCAUCAGUAAUACUUUAUUCAAGAAAAUCCAGGCUCUGCAGAAGGAGAAAGAAACCCUUGCUGUAAAUUAUGAGAAGGAAGAAGAGUUCCUCACUAAUGAGCUCUCCAGAAAACUGAUGCAGCUGCAGCAUGAGAAAGCCGAGCUAGAGCAGCACCUGGAGCAGGAGCAGGAAUUUCAGGUCAACAAACUGAUGAAGAAAAUUAAAAAACUGGAGAAUGACACCAUUUCGAAGCAGCUUACUUUAGAGCAGUUGAGACGGGAGAAGAUCGACCUUGAAAACACAUUGGAACAAGAACAAGAAGCGCUGGUUAAUCGUCUCUGGAAAAGGAUGGAUAAACUUGAAGCUGAAAAGCGAAUCCUGCAGGAGAAAUUAGACCAGCCCGUCUCGGCUCCGCCCUCGCCCAGAGACAUCUCCAUGGAGAUCGACUCGCCGGAGAACAUGAUGCGCCACAUCAGGUUUUUGAAGAACGAAGUGGAGAGGCUGAAGAAGCAGCUGAGAGCUGCUCAGUUGCAGCAUUCGGAGAAAAUGGCCCAGUACCUGGAGGAGGAACGCCACAUGAGGGAAGAGAACUUGAGGCUGCAAAGGAAGCUGCAGAGGGAGAUGGAGAGAAGAGAAGCCCUCUGUCGGCAGCUCUCUGAGAGCGAGUCCAGCUUAGAAAUGGAUGACGAGAGGUAUUUUAACGAGAUGUCCGCGCAAGGACUAAGACCUCGCACUGUGUCCAGCCCGAUCCCGUACACACCUUCUCCGAGUUCCAGCAGGCCUAUUUCACCCGGUCUAUCAUAUGCCAGUCACACAGUUGGCUUCACACCACCAACCUCCCUGACUAGAGCCGGCAUGUCUUAUUACAACUCCCCAGGCCUUCACGUGCAGCACGUGGGAACCUCCCACGGCAUCACAAGGCCUUCCCCGCGGAGAAGCAACAGUCCUGACAAAUUUAAACGGCCCACGCCGCCUCCGUCUCCCAACACACAGGCCCCAGUCCAGCCGCCUCCGCCUCCGCCUCCACCACCCAUGCAGCCUGCGGUCCCUUCGGCAGCCGGCUCGCAGCCCCCGCCUCCGCAUCAUUCAGUGCACCCUGCCUCCCAGCCCUAAUGCAUGUGCUCAGUCAGAAUUCCAAGGUGGGACUCGUGAAACGGAGCCGUCUAUCUACUCAACGCCAAAGGCUUCCUUCCCUGGUAUCUCUGGGUCUGACGUAUUUGCACUGAGGGUGUCUAGGCUUCGCCCUUCGUUGUGUUGUACAUGUUUGUCAGCAGCUCAGCCAGUGUGUGGGUCGACGACACUACACAGACGCCUUUUCCCUCAGUGUUUUCCUUGAAUCUCCACGGACACCAUUCCCUGGCUGGCACGUGCGCUAUUCAGUGUCUGGUCAGUUAGCAGCCGUGUGCAAGUCUUGCUUGGCCCCAGAGCUUCAUUUUCUUGGCUUUUAGGUUUAUAAAGUUAAAAAAAAAAAAAAACCUCUUUGUACCCCCCCCCCCCCCCCCCGCACCCCCCCGCAAAUGAGUUUGCAGAGAAUGACUAAGCAGUUAUUACUACCCACCCACCCAUUAUGGUGUUUACCAAACAUAAAAUAAUUCAGCACUACAAUUCUCACCUUUGAAAAAGAGCUAGCUCUCAGUGUAGAAUGGGAAGUUAGAUGAAUCCGUGCCCCAAGACAGAUAAUACUGUUUAAUAGAGCGUUCCACAGAUAACUUUUGACAGGCUAUUUUCGGUAUCUAUUGACAGCAGUGUUGAAACUCUUGUAAAAGAGAUAGCCUAACGGAUGGACGGCCCUAUGGUUAUUGUAUAUGAUGUGGUUCUUUCCUUUAUCUUUAAUGGUCCCUGUACUCGUCCACCCACUAACAUGAGUUGGUAAAUGUUGUUCCUCCUCGCUCUCCCAACCCCCCAACCCCGCUCCCACCAGUGGUUUGGGUGACUGAUUAGAGUGUGCUGUUUGAUUCUGCUGCCGAAGGCAAUGUGAUUGUAACAAAAAGUUAUCUCCCCCUUCCGUUCUUUAUUCUUGUCUCCCUAAAAUAGAGCUCGAACAAGUAUUUUAAAAGUGCAAAAAAAGAUAAAGAAACUGUUUGACAUGAACCUUAUAGGAAUUUCUUGGCAUCAUGACCGCAAAAUGCAGUUGUUGCUUGGCAGAAAGGAAGAGAGGCGUGUGGCCCAUAGCGCUGCCGGAUGCUCGUGCACCCGGAUACAGCCAGUGCAGAGGACAAAGAAGUCUCUUCUGAAUACGUUGUUUGCAUUAAUUUCGCACAAACGGAUCAUUGGUUUCCCUCGGAAGCGGGACACCAUGAGCCACCCUUUCCUUCAUACUUGCAGCAUCUUUAUUUUUGUCUCUCCACCCCCCACCCCCAGCAGUUACUGUUUUGUACUUUGGUAGUAAAGUGAUUUUUACCACCUGUGUUUGCAUAUUUAUAUAUGCUGUGGACAAAAAGAUAAUAAUAACUUACUAGAGAAUGUAUAUUUUAUGAUGAGAAUGUGUUAUCUGUUGGAUAAUAAUCAGAACUGAAAAUUAAUUUAUCGGUAAUUUUUAAGAGUUCAUGUUUUGUGACAACCAUCUCUAAUAGCUAACUCUCUAUUGAACAUAUUCCUAAACAAUAAGGAACCACGACAUUGUAGAUAUUUAAUAUUGUACAGUAUAGAAACCUCCAUAUUUGCCUUCAAAUGCCUAUUUAAGAGUUACAGAAUGAAAAAGCAAAUGUCUUGUUGAAUAAUAGUGUCUGACUAGGAUUUAAAGGACUCGAGAUAAAAGCACCAGGAGGACAUCUCACCUCUUCCUGCUUCCACCCCAAACUGAGAAAGUCACUCCUCCAUUCUUUGGAAGACACUGUCCAUCUGUAUACAUUUUAGUUAUGAUGUGUGUGGUAUACUAAUCACAAUACAGUUCUUGUAGGCAGAGAAAGAGUUUGGUAUUUAAUCGAGGCUUUAGGCUCUUCACACAGUCGGGCUGGGUUGGGUCAGAACCGGAGGUUUCACCAACAGCCCGUUGGGCCAUUCCAAGGAAUUCCGAGAGGCAGGCACAGUUUGCUCUCAUGGUACCGGUCGCAGUUUUUCUUAUAGGAGAGAGAUGGUAAAUGUUUACAAGAAUCUUCUACACGAUCAUAGAUUUCAGUGCUGGUGGGUCGUGUAGCAGUGGUCUCUUCCGUGUAUCCAGUUACCUCCCCGAAGCACAAAGGCCCAAACAUUGCCAUGUGAUGCGAUGCUGAUCCGUGCCCCUUAGAGACGGGGGUUUCUUGUUGACAUUCAGACUUCUGCUGAGAAGUAGUGCUGGUUCCCGUCGUCAUUUCACCUCCAGGUGAAACACAGCUCCUUCCAACAGCCCCUUUUUACCAUCAACGCAGUCACUUCUCCCCUGUAGACAUUCGGCAUUGACAGAACACACACUACUGUUUUGAGCGUACGCCAUUUCCUGGUCUUUUCACCUGUUUUAUGACCCCGUGUGGAGCCUGUAACAUUUGGGCAGUAACGUCUAGGACAAUUUCUUGGCGGUUGUUUAGCUACCAAGGACCCAUAAUCUUCAAAACCUGACCCCGAAGAGAUGAGGGAACCCUCAUUUCUGGAAAGCUGACUUAACGCAGGGCACCUUUCAUGGGGGCCGAAAAUAGUAGUGACUGUUCAUCUAUUGUCCACUGGCCUGACUUCCAGAAGGCCCUUGUGAGACAAGUAGCCAUCACAAGCACAGGCAGGAGCAACAGUAGUUUAGGACAGCCUGCUUGCCUGUCUUGCGGACAGAGACCCUUGGCUACCACUGUGCUGCUGAUAGGACAAGCAUUCCGUUGCCAUGCCUUUUAUAUAAAACCAAACUGCUUUACCUGAUACCUGACACCUCUCUCAGCCCUGAACUUACUUUUUUCGUGGGGCUGGUGGGCCGUCUGGACAGAAAUGAGAGAUUUGGCAGAUGGUAGACGUACUUAAGACUUAAUUUAACUCACUCCUUUGCUGGCUGAACAGUCUGAAGUUCUGAGCUCCUGAGACACUUACCAGCAACCCUGGACUGAAUGUUGACACCAAGGGCCGCCCCUUUGCGGGUGGCUGUUAAAUGCUUCCUCGAAGCAAUAGGUACCAUGAAUUUUUGUGAAGUGUUCCGAUGGUAGGAAAGUAGAAACUGUAUCUCCUUUUGUCAGGUAGACAUGAACUUUCCCCGCAUGAAGCCUUGCUUACAAAGGCUGCCCAGUAAGGAAAAGCAUGGGUUCUUGUGCUUUGAGAGCGUCCUAUUUUUAGUCCGCACAGAAAUUUCUGUGUACGUGCUCUUCUGUCUAGUUGUUUUAUAGGGAACCAACAUUGAAGACGUUGUAGUGAUGACUACCAAAGAAACACAUAGUGAAACAGCAUUUUCUUUCCAAAUUCUUACAAGAGCCAGCCACUGAUGCUGCUGUAUGAGUUCCGUGCUCAAGAGCCAUUGAAACAGAUUAAGGGGUUUUUAAGGUUUUUCUUUUUUGAUAAAACAUGCACACAGCUAUUAGUAUAAAGUGAUGGAGCGUAUUACCCACAGUCCUCAGCAAUUGUGGUUAACCGCCAAUCCUUUCGUUAGGCAAUUGAAGGAAUACAAUAUUCAUGAUAGCAUGGGUGCUGUGUGUAUGCGUGUGUGUGUAUGUGUGUGUGCAUUCAUGCCUUAACUCGGUUAUUGCUCAACUUUAGUUCUUGACUUAGUCUGCACUGUCAUCUAGAUCGUAUUGUACAUCUCUAGCUGAACUUCACCCUGGCAAAAAACAAUGUUGCGGGCACACCAGUGUAAGAACGCAUUGUUCCAGAUGGGCCUGGGAUUGGGUGACCCUGAGCCUUCUUUGGGCUUGAUUUGGUACUUAACAGGUGAGACAACAGCGGACUCAAAAAUCAAGCACCGUCAACAAGAAAAAGAGAACCAAGUGCUAGCAUGUCUUUUGCCUCUGCGCAUCCGUGCACAUUGUAUGUUGUUCAUGAUAGCUUGUCCUACAGCUUGUCUAGGUUGGAGUUCUGGUAAUAGUGGCAAUCUUGACAUUCUGAUCAGAGUUUAGAGAGAUGUAAGACUUCCAAUUAAUGUUUUAUUUACUUUGUGUUGAUUAGUCUUUGAUACAUGUGCUGAAUCAGAACCCUAAAUAAAGAUAAUUUUUUUAAAUGUA